CGGUUCUCAUGGUGUGUUGAAGAGCCUCGUCAGCGCCGGACUUUUCCAAACUGUGUCAGGAUCGUUGAUCAGCGACAAACAUGGCAGAAGUAGCUCCAGCUCCCGCCGCCGCUCCGGCCAAAGCCGCCAAGAAGAAGGCCGCCAAGCCGAAGAAGGCCGGUCCCAGCGUCCAGGAGCUGAUCGUCAAGACGGUGGCCGCUUCCAAGGAGCGCAGCGGCGUGUCUGCCGCCGCCCUCAAGAAGGCUCUGGCGGCCGGAGGCUACGAUGUGGACAAGAACAAAGUCCGCGUCAAGACCGCCAUUAAGAGCCUGCUGACCAAGGGGACUCUGGUCCACACCAAGGGCACCGGCGCUGCCGGCUCCUUCAAGAUGAGCAAGAGCACCGAACCCAAGAAGCCCAAGAAGGCUGCAGCCAAGAAAGCCGCUCCGAAAGCCAAGAAGCCCGCCGCCAAGAAACCCGCCGCGGCCAAGAAGCCCAAGGCAGCAGCCAAGAAGCCCGCAGCGGCCAAGAAGUCUCCCAAGAAGGUCAAGAAGCCCGCAGCAGCAGCGGCCAAGAAAGCAGCCAAGAGCCCCAAGAAAGCCACCAAGAGCCCCAAAAAGAGCCCCAAGAAGGCGGUGAAGAAAGCCCCCGCAGCCAAGAAAGCUCCCGCUAAGAAGGCAGCCAAGCCCAAAGCCAAGAAGACAGCAGCCAAGAAGAAGUGAAGAAACAGCAGCUGAAUUCUUCCCCAAAAGGCUCUUCUAAGAGCCACCACUUCUUCUCUCAGAAGCUCAGUCCUCUGGUU